GAAGGAGGAGAGAUGGACAGAAGGAGGCAGCAGGAGGGGGAGGACUGCACAGGAACAAUGGCAGAGGACUACAGAGAUCUGGCCGGGCCUGCUCCAUGUCAUUGACUCGCUGCUUCAUGCCAUUGACUCUCUGUCCUCCAGACACAGGCUGGCAGCCAUGGACCGGAUGAAGAAAAUCAAGAGGCAGCUUUCUAUGACCCUCCGGGGUGGAAGGACCUCAGAAAAAAGCCCUGGAGACCACUCAGAGCAGAUCACCAUGGAAGACAAUGGCAGCAGUGACAAUGAGCCCAUCGUCCGAAAUGGGAGAAGCCUUUCGUCCCACAGCAUGCAAUCCUUCCUGCACCACUACACCGCCAGCUCCUUCCAAAAGCCGCCCAUCCCCCGGCCGCACAGUGCCGUCUGCCGGAGCCUCAGCUCUUACCUGAACCGGAGCAGCCGACUAGAGAUUGUACACGAAGACCUAAAAAUGGGCUCUGACGGGGAGAGCGAUCAAGCCUCCGGCUCUUCUGAUGAAGUUCAGUCGCCAGUCCGGGUCAGGAUGAGGAACAAUGCCGCGCGGAAAAUAUCCACAGAGGAUGUAAAUAAGCGCCUGUCCCUCCCCGCUGAUAUCCGUCUUCCUGAGGGCUACCUUGAGAAACUGGCUCUGAGUAGCCCCCCGUUCGAUAAGCCUUUAAGCAGACGACUGAGAAGAGUUUCUUUGUCGGAGAUUGGUUUUGGGAAGUUGGAAACCUAUGUCAAAUUAGACAAACUGGGAGAGGGUACUUAUGCCACUGUUUACAAAGGCCGGAGUAAGCUGACCGAGAACCUGGUGGCUCUUAAGGAGAUUCGUCUGGAGCAUGAAGAAGGUGCACCAUGUACAGCCAUUCGGGAAGUUUCCCUUCUAAAGGACUUGAAACAUGCAAAUAUCGUUACUCUGCACGAUAUCAUCCACACGGAGAGGACCCUGACUCUUGUCUUCGAGUAUCUGGACAAAGAUUUAAAACAGUAUCUGGACGAUUGUGGGAACUUAAUAAACCUUCACAACGUCAAGCUCUUUCUUUUCCAGCUUCUUCGAGGACUGUCGUAUUGUCACCGACGUAAAGUCCUGCACCGAGAUCUGAAGCCGCAGAACCUGCUGAUCAAUGAGAAGGGGGAGCUCAAACUCGCCGAUUUUGGCCUGGCCCGCGCCAAAUCUAUCCCCACAAAAACCUACUCCAAUGAAGUGGUUACAUUGUGGUACCGACCACCAGAUAUUCUUCUGGGGUCCACUGAAUACUCCACCCAGAUCGACAUGUGGGGCGUCGGCUGCAUCUUUUACGAGAUGGUCACAGGGCGACCGCUUUUCCCAGGAUCCACUGUGGAGGAACAGCUGCACUUUAUUUUUCGGAUACUCGGAACACCCACGGAAGAGACGUGGACCGGGAUCCUAUCUAAUGAAGAAUUUAAAUCCUACAACUACCCCAAAUAUCAUCCAGACCCGAUCCAGAAGCAUGCCGCCAGGCUGGAUACGGAUGGAGCCAACCUUCUCUCCAAAUUCCUUCAGCUGGAAGGAAGGAGAAGGAUCUCCGCGGAGGAAGCCAUGAAACACUUAUACUUCCAGGAACUGGGGGAAAGGAUUCAUAAGCUACCAGACACUACUUCCAUCUUUGCACUGAAAGAAAUACAUCUGGAUGAAGAGAACAAGCUUCGGCCAGCCACGGAAUCCGUUCAUAUACAGUCUCGAAGGCUCAGCCUCGUUCUUGGUUGAACGUUUGGAGGUCUAUCUUCGAAGCAAGCAUGUGGUCCUAACAGCUGAAGGAGCCUGAGGCCGGGCGGAGUCGGACUUGACUGCUCUUUGAGCCUGCAGUAGGUGGACAAGUGGACAUUAGGCAGUGCCAGCAUGUGGCAUCUACAAUACCCAUAUUAUCUUUCCCGUUGCCGUGCGGACACUACGUGCUGAUCUGCUGCUGUACCUGCGGGGACUUGUUUGGCACACCCCCACCGUGUGUCAUACCGUGCGCCCCUGACGAAUGUCCUCUCCUUGCUCUCCCUUGUGUGCCCAUCCUACCCUACUCCCAGGCGUACUAGGAAGUGUUUCUCUACAUGAAGAGCUGGCCAAGAGGUCACCAUCUCGAUCCUGAGGAGAGCUGAUGACUUAAGAUCCAGGCUUGUCUAUGGCUUCUUCUGGCGGUAGGAAAAGACCAUUGAGAACAAUGUAGAGGGUGACUAGACCCUACUCAUAGAUGGUGGAAGGGUUCUUGGCUUAUCCUACGUUGCUCCAGGGAUGGGUGAAGGUAUGUAAGACUUGGUGUCGAGUCACUUUAGCUCAGGACGGCGCCUGCGCCGGGUGUCAGUAUUAGCGGGGGGGCUUGCCUACGAGAGUCCCCACAAACUGCGCGCAGGUACCAAAGCUUAGCAUUCUGUAGAGAACAGAAAGGAUGAGCAGACUAUGUAUACACGGGCAGCCCUUCCCUACUCUGAUCCCUUUUACUUUGCCACCCAGGGGAGGAGCAAGGAAAGGGCCCCGAACCCUCUUCCUGCUAAAUAUCAGACGUAUGAACAACUAUUAAAACAGUGAACCAA